AUGCUGAAGAAAUUGCAACGCCAACGAGAUAUUGAUGUUCAGUGGUUGAGCUGGCGCGAAGAAGUAACCAAGGACUGCUCUUCUUCUCCUGUCGCUAUGGUAAGCCCUCUUAACAAGUCCCCUCUCUCGAACAUGCCCCUCCCGAAUCCUACGUAUACCCCGCCGCAGCCAGUCUCUGUGCUCCCUGCACCUGAUGAAGCCGCCUCGAAACGUAAACGAAGCUGGCAUACAAUGGAAUCAGAGAGUCAACAGCCUGUGCGGUUCAUGUCAUCUCCUAUUGAAACCACAACGCCCAACGUGGCAUAUGCAAGCAAUAUGUUACGAAGCCUCAGCCCAGUAUCAUUGGAGCAAAUGCAACCGGCCUGGCAACCGACCGUGUGGAAUGGACUCUGCUCUUUGCCGAAUAUGGUCCUGGAUGAUUCCUCCAAUGUCAACGCUGCCUUUAAUAAGCCUGCAUGUGAUAUGGAGCUAUUAUGGCCUAGCCACCCACAGCUUACCCCGAUGAUCCCAGACUCUUCUUUCCAUUUGACGUCGCCCUUGGUAUUGGAGUAUUACCGACUGGCGGCAGGUUAUCCUUAUGGGAUUCCGGCCAUGACAAGCGUAGAGCAAGCGGGUACGAUGCCAUUCAUUGUGUCCAACCCCGUAUAUCCGGAUGGGCAUGUAAAUGGUUCGUUUGCCUUGCCAGAACAGCCUCUGCAUUCAUUGUCAUCGCUACCAGAUGGAGCGCCAAGCUCGAGUCAAAGUCCUUGGACAAUGCCCAUGGUGCAUCAAUUUCCCUCUCACGACGUAAUGACCACCAACUCGUUGCCUCAACAAUGGCAUACCUAUCAGUAA